AUGCUACAACUUAUUAAAAAUAAGCAGCUGGUCAGAGAGAUAGAGAAAGCCAAGCCGAUCAAGUGUGGGACGUUUGGAGCCACAUCUCUCCAGCAGAGUCAUCUGGCCACGGGGGACUUUGACGGCAGCCUGAAUGUUUGGAAUCUGGAGGUGCCGGAGAGCCCGGUGUACUCGGUGAAGGCACACAAGGAGAUCAUCAACAGCAUUGAUGGAGUGGGGGGACUGGGCAUCGGUAACGGGGCCCCUGAGAUCGUCACUGGGAGCCGAGAUGGCACAGUCAAAGUGUGGGACUCCAGGCAGAAAGACACGCCUGUGGUGAACAUGGAGCCCGUGGAGGGAGAAACCAAGAGAGACUGCUGGACCGUUGCUUUCGGUUAUGCUUUCAAUGCCCAGGACCGCUGUGUGUGUGCUGGCUACGACAACGGUGACGUCAAGUUAUUUGAUCUCAGAAAUAUGUCUUUACGAUGGGAGACAAACAUCAAGAACGGGGUGUGUUCUGUUGAAUUUGACAGAAAAUACAUCAACAUGAACAAACUAGUGGCAACGUCUUUAGAGGGCAAGUUUCAUGUGUUUGACAUGAGGACCCAGCACCCCACCCAAGGCUUCGCUUCCGUGUCGGAAAAGGCUCACAAGUCUACAAUAUGGCAAGUGAGGCAUUUGCCUCAAAACCGCGACAUCUUCAUGACAGCCGGCGGAGCCGGUAAUCUGCAUCUAUGGAAAUAUGAGUAUCCAGCCCAGAGGACUAAAAAGGGUGCGGACGAUGUAGACAUGGGCGUCGCUGGCUCUGUGAACCUCCUGCAGAACGUCACUCUGUCCACACAACCCAUUUCCAGUCUCGACUGGAGCCCGGACAAACAGGGCCUCUGUGUUUGCUCUUCCUUUGACCAGUCUGUACGAGUCCUCAUCGUGACCAAACUCAACACAAUCUGACUGAACUCCAGGUAACAGACUGGAAUAUCUGAUGACUGGUUACAUGCCACAUGUACAGUAUAUCUUAAGUUCAUAUAUUUGAGUUAUUGUUUUUUAAGAAAACAGUAAUUCUUUGUGAUGUUAGCCGGUGUUCUUAUGCACAAUGUGAAGA